CUCUUUAAUGCUGUUUCUAUGACAUCAGUUUUCUCAUACCUUCCUCACCUUGUAAAGGACUUUGGUUCCACUGAAGUUGAUGCAGGAAGAAAAUCUGGAAUUGUUGCAUCAGCCUUGUUUAUUUCUAGAAUAUUUAGCAGUUUAUUAUGGGGCUACAUCUGCGAUAAAUGUGGAAAAAAGUUAUCUCUUUUGUUGUCCGGAGGAUGCGUUGCAAUUUCAACACUGAUGUUUGGAUUUUCGUUUAACUAUCCCUGGGCUGUUGUAGCAAGAUUUUUACAAGGUUUUUCAAUGGGAAUCAUGGUGAUUACAAUAGCUUAUAUGUCAGAUAUAUGCGAUGAUAGUAACCUAGCAACUGGUUUAGGUGUAGUGUUCUCAGGCUACAAUAUAGGACUUGUAAUUGGCCCCAGCAUGGCUGGAUUUUUAGUUUUUCCUGUUGAGAAAUACCCAAACAUUUUUAAAAAAGGUUCCUUUUUUGAUACAUUUAAAAUAUUUAUUCCAAACUUUAUUAUUGUACUUGGGAUGACCUUGGCAUUGCUUGCUUCUAUUUUUGUUCUUCCAAAGAAAUCUUUCAAUGAAAGGGGUUCGUUACUAAUUGAAGAUAAAAAAGAUUCCUCUAUGUUUAAUGAAGAUGCGUAUCUUAAUUGUUCUGUUGAUCUAGAAAUACUCAAAAGAAGUAAACAUUUAAAAAAUGAAUUAACUAGAUUAAUUGAUUCAAAGCCUUCCAAAUUAAAAAAGUUUUUGAUGUUGUUAAAGAUGAGUAGUUUUGCUAAACUCAUAAGAAACAAAGAAUUCCUUAUUUCAUCUGUGCUGUAUGGUUUCUAUACGCUGUUUACUGUUGGUUAUGAAGAAUUAUUUCCAGUCUUUGCCUCUACUUCUAUUGAAUAUGGUUGGUAG